UUGAUACACAGAAUUAAAUAUUUAUAAAUAUUAAGAUCAAGUAAGAAAUGUAGAUCUCAGUUGUAGUGAAAGUGAAAGAAGUCUCUAAACGCUGUAUUCUUGAAUCCUAAGAAAUGGCUCUUUAUAGAGAUGACUUCUAGCUAAUGUCAGACAAAAACAUGAACUUAAUAUGCGUAUUGAUGAUUUGAAUCAAGAAAAAAGUUGAUUGUUUAUCAACCACUGUUGUUUAUCAACCACUAUAAAUCGUGGUAUUUCACCAAGAGAAAGGAGGUAUUUACUUCGGGCCAGCCCCAUUAUCAGAACAUUAUAAACCAUCGAGGAGUCCCUUACCUCGGCAGCACUUUUCGUGUGGUCUUAUCAGAUGCGUACAAUAAUAAUUAGGGAUGAUACAAUACAAGUUGAAUAACUGUUCGAUUGCAAGGUGGACGUGGAGUGUUUAUGGUGUCUAGUGAGCAAGUAAUUCAAAGCUUACAGCCCCAUAUCGAAGGUUAUAAGUCAACAAUGUCGGCCAUCAGCUUCGGGAACCGGAGGUAUAUCCGUCUGUGGCCAGUCCUCAUCCUUCUCAGUAUAGCACUCCUGCUAGUUUGGAGGAACUUGCAGCAGGCUCAUAAGAUAGCGAAAAUCGGUGCGCACAAAUCCGAAGUAUCUUUAUCCAACGACUCGCGUAGGAAAAGUUAUCUGGAGUAUGAAAAGCCACCUAAGAUUACCAGACGAGUGGAGUCUCCACGCACCAAGGAACUGCGGCAACUGCUCAAGUGCCGGGACAGAUCUCUCCGUUUUCAGAGACUCCAGCACGGGGAGUACUGGUUGCUCCAGAACCUAGUGAUUGGGCGAAAGAGCCGGCUAGUUGGCUGCGCCGAGUCAGUGACGUACACCACAAACGGGGACUAUACGUUCUUCGAUAAUCUCGAAACAGUAGUCACACGUUGGCGUGCUCCUGUGAGCUUUGCCAUUCAUACGCCUGGAUAUGAUCUGAGUACUACAUUGGAUGCGAUUCGGUAUGUGCGAAACUGUUUACCGGAGAGCGAGUUGAUCCAGGACUGGGUCACCUUCCACGUGUACUUCUCCAACCGGCACAUACCUGAAUUCGUGCCCUUUGAAGAGGCCGAGGUCCUAGGUCAGCCCCUCAUUUGCUCCCUGGCCAAUGGAUCCCUGGCUCCGCCGCCCUACACCCUAGUCCCCCGCAACGAAAGCUACAAGGUCAUGGCCAACCUCACCUACCCCAUCAACGUAGGCAGGAAUAUAGCCAGGCAGGCGGUCAACACCCACUUCAUCUUCGCCUGCGACAUCGAGCUUUAUCCCAGUCUCGGCUUUGUAGAUCAAUUCCUGGACAUGGUGGCCAAUAAUCACAGUGUCCUAGCCCUGGACCCCAAACAGCCGAGGAGGGUGUACCCCCUGCCAGUUUUCGAGAUUGAGACUGGAGUCGAAAUUCCUGCCAACAAGGCGGAGCUACUGGCCCUCUAUGGGAACAAGCAGGCACAGGUGUUCCACAUGAAACUCUGCUCCACCUGCCACAUGAUUCCAAACCAGGAAGCGUGGCUCAAUCAAACCUCUAGUCAAAAAGAUCACCAGCUUCAUGUGUUCAGCAAGACUCUGCGGAAAAAAAAAUUCGGAGCUUGGGAGCCGUUCUACGUAAGCGAUAACACUGAACCGCUCUUCGACGAGAGAGUCACCUGGGAGGGACAGUCCAACAAGCGCAUUCAGAAUUUUGCCAUGUGCCUGUUGGGCUACGAAUACCACGUCUUGGAUCCGGCAUUUUUGGUGCACAGUCCCGGCAUAAAGGAAUUCAGCAAGAAGGAUUCUUCUCGUCUUCAAUACGCAAAGGAAAUGACGAAGUUUAUCAAAGCGAAAAUCGAGCCCGAGUAUCGAGUGUUGUUUGGACAAAACAAAGGCUGCAGGACGUGACAAUGGGGGCCAACUAGCUUAAAUAUUAAAUGUUUUGACUUCUCAACGGUUAUUUGGUUACAUAAUUAUAAAUUUAUGAAAUUGUAAUGCAUAAGACUGGUGUGUAGGCUUGAAAUACUGCAAUUGGCAGUCCUUCAGAUCUUAAGUUCUAAAUGUUAUUAAUUUAUAUUGUAUUUAUUGAUAUGGUCUGGAAAAUAAAAUCAUCAUCUAGCGACAAA